CCUCGUCCUAAACGGGGAUGCGUCAGCUCUCUACUGCGACGCCAGGCAAAACCACUGCGCCACCGCGCACCACCAUCGUAGUACAGUGGUAGAUAUGAAAACAAUGCGGAGAACGUCACCAAUGCGACGACGGUGCAUGUACGUCACAGCACAGCGACCAUGUCCGCCAGAUGUCAUGAGGCCCGCCGAUCAGCUGAUCACCUGCAACCCUGCGCUGGAAAAACGCGCGGCACCUAGUGUUACCUCCUUGUUUUCCUCCUCGCCCCGCAAUUUGACGACUCAAGUCAUCGCCCUUGCAGGUGUAGGCUGUCCUGUCACGGCACAUACCCUCCCCCCCAACAUGGUGUUGGCCGGUGCGCUGUAAGCAGGACAGUGGAUUCUCUCGCUCGCUUGUGCGAUUUGAGCGUUACCGGCUGUAUAAAAGCUCGAUCCGCGAGCAGGCGGAAAAAGCAGGUGGAAAUCACAUCCCUGCACUUCGCGACUGCACACGCCAACACACCACUUGUACACCGCGCGCGUGCACACACACACACUCUCACGGUAUCUUCACCCAGCGGCCCAAAGCUCGUUCUUCACGGCUCGGUGUCGAGUACAAGCGAGGAGACUUGAAGGAGUGAAGCAGCUCGCGGUACGGAAGCGACUGUAGGUCGAGUCGAGUGCCGGCGGCCAGCCAGGCCAGCAGGACCGUCCACAUCUCAAACUGCGGCCGACAUGUCGCGCAGGCACAGGCCCGUGGGGUGCGGUUCUCUGUCGCUGGCUCUGUGUCUCCUCUUUUUGCCGCCCUCCACUGCUUCUGCUUUUCCCAACGACGUGCUGGCCAAGCUGUCCAGCCUGCCGAAGGGCGAAGAAAAAGACGACCACAACCCUGGUGUGAAAAAUGUCUCCUCCAUCACCGACCCGUUGUCUGUUGUGCCUUCAGGAACCGCAGCAGAAAUAGUAUCGGCGAAACCUCUGCAAGUUCCUGUGUCCCGCCUCGCGACAGAAACUCUGGGAGGAAAGAAGCCGGCGGAGGGAACGCCGGACUGGAGGACGGUGCAGGAGGGAGGACAUACGAGUGGUGAUCUUUUCCCAGGAAAGUUGUUUGAUCAUCAAGACUAUUGGAGCAAUAACAAAGAAAAGUUUCAUUCUGUGCCUUCGUCGUCUAGAGAAUUAUUUCCUGGUAACAAUAAAGACAAAAGCGAUGACUUAUCGUCAAAAUUGCCGGUGGACGAGCAACCUCUGUCAGGCCAUCACGAAACGGAGCGGAGGAACCGCUUUCAUGUACCGGUUGACCUUUGGGACGAGAGUGACACCGAGACGGAGACCGUUGGUGACGAGCAGGAGGAGGGGAAGGGUUCGGAGGGUGGGGAUGGAGGGGACAGCGUAGAGUGGCGGGAGGGAGAGGGGGUUGACCGGGAGGAGAUCAAACAGGACAAAGACAGGGAGGAUAGUAGGGAGAGCGGUUGUCCUCACUGCCAGGUGAGGAAGGAGGACCGGCAGUACCGCAUCGCGUCGAUGAAGCGACAGAUUCUGGAGAAGCUGCACAUCACCUCUCUGCCCAACCGGACGGCCUUCCCUGUGCCCAAGGCCUUGGAGCAGAUGCCGGGCAUCCAUGACAGUAGCCUCAUGCAGGAUGCGCCCUACGGCAUGACUGACCGCUUCCACGAUUCCUACGACGACGACAACUACACACCACCAGAGCGGGUUUUCACGGUGGCAAAGCCAGCAGUGCCACCACAACAGGAGGCACACGGCAAGCACUCGGUCUUCUUCUCCAUCCCCCCCGUGGUGUACCGAGCUCACAUCCAGAAGGCCUUCCUGUGGUUCUACGUGCGGCACGUGGCUGCAGCAGACGAUGGUGUGGUGGAGAUGCGGCUGCUGCGGUUGGGGCCGCCAGUCUCCAGGAGAGUUCGGUCUCAGCGCAAGGUCGUCUGGUCGCAGAAAAUGUACCCGGAUAAGGCGUUUGGUUGGAAGCGGGUGGACGUCCUCAGCGUCGUCCGGCGCUGGGCCAAGCAUCCAUCGUCCAACUACGGAAUGGAAAUCGUCGCCACGAACGGAAAAGACAACCUCGUAAUCCUACCCCCUACCUCGGACAUGGAGCGGGGUUAUGAGCCCGUGCUGGACAUCAAACUGACAGACGACGAGAACCGACGACAGAAGCGGAGCGACGCGCUCAAGUGCUCGGAGAACUCCACCGAGCAUCGCUGCUGCCGCUACCCGCUCACCGUCAGCUUCGCGGAGUUCGGGUGGGACUGGGUGAUCGCCCCCACCCACGUGGAGGCUGACUACUGCUCAGGCGAGUGCCGCAUGACGUUGCAGAACCAGACUCCAUACUCGUGGAUCUCAUCGCAAGCGCAGGAAGGUGGAUCGUGUUGCACGCCUUCCAAGAUGUCGCCGCUGCCCCUUCUGUACUUUGACCAGAGCGGCAACAUCGUCUUCCAGCUGUUGCAGAACAUGAAAGUGGAGAGAUGUGGUUGCGCCUAGCACGGCAGGGGAAACAACUCGCUCUUGCCCUCCAGUUUCUCCUGCAGUGAUGGCUCCUGAUCUUCGCAAUGGAAAACGAAACGCCGGCAGGGACUUCUAAACUCAUGUUUGCGCACGUCUUCUGCUUGGGCUUCUCCAACUAGAAGGUCAGAGCCCGUGCGCGUUUUGAGUAACCAGAAAAAAAAAUGUAAAAACAAAUGGCGACUGUCAAGAGCGCAUUCUAUCGCUGAGACUAUACCACCGGUAGUCAGCACUGUUUUCUGGCUUAACUCUCGAUGUCAAAAUCAUCUUCCUAUCUCCAAAGUUUUGUCGUUGGCCAUCUGGCCAGCAAUGCUGUGUGUACCGACACCCACUCGAGGCGCCGAGUCCUUCUGUCUACCCUGGCAUGAGUACUUUCAUACCGAUACAGUUCACCAAGCGCCGACUCUGCCAUCCUCUAGCCAAAUAUGGCAAAAAGACUGCUAGCCAAACGAUAUGUCUACCCACGUCCGGUUCGGGGUACAUCUGCCGAGACAUUGACCUUUUAGGACAUCGGUGUCUGUCUACACUGGCACGAGGUUCUUUCUACAUCAAACAAACCGUGGACAAAUACAUCAGUCUGUAUGUACGAAACCUCUUCUUUUGACUUUUGUGGGGCGACUUUGGAGAGACGGUUAACUAGGAAGGCAUGCUAAUAUCUUCAUCAAAAUUCCUGCGAACACUUUGCUGACCCUCAUGAUGGGUUUCUUCUCUGCCGCUGAUGCUCCGGUUGCAUUCCAGUGCGUCAACACCACAUCCCUUCGACAACCUGGGGAACAUGCUUUGGAGCGCUUCAACAAGGUUAAUGCAAACUAAGGCACAGCGUCAGACAAAAAAAAAAAAUUCAAUUAAAUAAAAUAAAAACACAAAAAGUGCAAAAAAUUUUAGUGCAGAAGCAUGGGUGCAACAGGUCACUUAGCAGCUGCCAAAAAGAUAGACAAGACUGAUGAAACUGUAAUUUUCUGAGAACGAUUUCAUACAUGAUGGAGGCGUUAUCGGCCCUGACUGGGAUCGGCGCUUCCCCUCCGAACAGAAACUAAUAUGGUGGAAAAUUAUCCCCGUGGACGUUUCACGUUAACUUCUGGGGACGUUGGUAACAGAUAAAGUAUUUUCCGUUGAAAGAUAAGUUGCUGAAGGACGGUCGAGGAGGGAGCGGAGGAGGAGAGGGUUGCUGAAUGGAGCAGAUCAUUUAAUUCAUAAUAAAAAGCCCAUGUCUUUCAGGCACCACGCUAUGGGGUGGCUGCUGUGCAGAAAAGGUAGGCAGAUACUGCUGCUUCUUAUCAUUCCGCAGACGGAGAGAGCGGCAUGUGGUUCGUGUCUACUGCCGAGGCGCCCUCAUCCUUCAUGCCGGGUAGGGGCGAGAGAGAGACAACUCUGCGUCGGCUAGCGCCGAAGGGUAGAUAACCCAUCACGGUCCUGCUGACGCUAUCUCUGCACGUGCAAAUAAAUGAAAAAUCGGAGAAGGGGGAGAAUAUAUUUGUAGCUGCUAGAGUACCGAAAUAUUGCCCGUGUAAAGCAUCCGUCAGAGAGAAAGUCCCGACUGACUGAAGUCUUGGUCCAGAGGAACCAUGCACUCUGGCUGACGGACAGUACUUACUUGCAUAUGUAUGCACCACACAAAGAAAAACACACAUAUUAUGCAUGUGUUUUUAUGUAUAAGAUAAAAGACUGAGGAGAAGGAUGAGAAAAAAAGAAAGACAUGCAAUGCCUUUGGUGCCACCAGGGUGUGAUUUCUACCCCUGACUGAAUUUUCUCGUCUUCACGAAGACAUGCUUAGUAGUCAGUGAGGCAUAAUAUAAAUAAACACACACUACUACAAAUUGUCGUUCAAAGUACAUAAACUGACAGACACUGUUCACAAAUGUGUCAGAAACUUUUUUUAAUUGUGAUAGAGAAUCUACAAAAAUUGUCCCCCACUAGACUGCGAAACAACAGACAUCAUCAAGAGAGAGACAGGUCUCAGACUACAACCAAACUUAAAGGCGUACAAGAGCUUGCACUUGCUACAUUUCACAGAUUCCUUUAACAAGACUGAACAUUACAGUUUCUUUCCGAAACAUCGAUGACUUUUUAAUUAAGAAAGUAUGCUUAUCGUGUUUAUGCUUUAUACCUUUCAAUGUCUAACUGUCCAAAGGGCUUCAACUACUCAGCGCGAAUCUCACUUCAGUCGACGUCCCUCUUUAAUCACCGUUGUAAUGCUCAAGGGCGUGUAUGUUAUAUGUAUGUACUACAACAAAAAGAUAAAUGUGAGAAAGACAUUUAUCUUCGCCCCAUACACGUCAGCUUAAUUAAUAAUAUGUAUAAAAUGAAGAAAUCAUAAAUUAGUACUGAAAUAGUGGAUUAAAUUCUAAUAAGGUUGAAUAUAAAGUGGAAAACCUGAGUUCCCUCAUUGUAAUGUUAAAGUCGGAUUUUGCUGUUAUUUCGCUCGAUUUUUGCAACAGAGGGUUCCCGGGUCGAGGCUUAUCCGGUCUUUCGACUAGAAAACUUCAUCCAAACACAGAUGUGUACAUGAAUUAUUUGGGAAAUCAAAUCUGGCAGAAAAAGUGUUGGGCUCACCUUCCAAAUGACUUGUCCCAAACCUGAUAAACCAUAUAAAGUUCUCUAGCCUUCUAACCGCAAGGAGAAGCUUUAUCUUUAGCUAGAAACUGAAUUUUUCCCUUGUAUGUACAAAAGAAAAGACUGAGUUGCUGUAUGUGUGUGUGACAGAGAGAGAUGUCAUCGAUGAUUGGAAGAGAAUGUGAAAGAUAUACUAUUAGUGGAUGUACAUGUAGACAAAUAUAGAGAGACCGCUCUAAAUAUUGUUAUGCCAUUGAGAAACUAGAUGUAUAUAACAUUUUAUCACCUGAAAUAUAUCUAGAGAAGCAGUGGGUGGCUAUUCCACGAUUCUAGUAGAAGUCUUCGCAGGAGUAAAAGGCACACAACUGAUUGCUAGGUUUGUUUUCAGAAUACAAACCUAAAUUACUAUAUUAAUAUUGGUUGGUUGUAAGAAAUGGUCAAGGCAAAGACUGGGCUUAAUGUGAUACGUAGAACAGAUCCCGCGAGGAGGUGGGAUGUUGAAGUCAUUCUUAACGUUGUCCUCGACGACGAUCCUCUCAUGGAUCAGUUUCAAUAUUUUUCUGUAAAUAUAAUGCAGACAGCUUUAAGCAUCAUUAACUUAGGAUAAGAGGCUAGAAACAACAACUAACAUGUCUGAGACAACAGUAGGCUUGUUUAUGAAACUGUGCCUUGCUUCAGCUUGGCUUUCUUGGCUGUUGUGCAGCAGCUUUAUAGAUAAUAUCAGUCGAAACAUUUGUUUAGAGCUUAUUAAGUAAAAUUUAUUUGUGGUGUGGUAUGUCCUGUUUUAACCUACCUGAUACGUAUGAUUUUUCAGGUAUUUUUGCUUUUUUUGAAACAAAAGAGAAAAAUGUGAAUUAUUAACGAGGGCUGAGAACAAACCCGAUUUUAAUUGACUAGCUUUAAGUGCCACUUUGUUGUAUGAUUGACAGCGUGAUAAUAGAAGCUUCCAACAUGUUGUGGAUUGAUUAUGCCAUCAGUACAGUAUCCAGUCGUGCAUAAGCAAAAUACAUAAUUUAUGUCUCGUUCUUUAAAAUGUUCGAAGAGUAAGAGCUUCUACGUACGUUUUUUUUUUGAUAGAGAUUACCAAUGCCUAUUACUGUACAUAUUUCAAAUGAAAAUCAAGAAAAAGCUCAUGAAUGGAGUCUGGUCAGAUAGAACACGUGACUAUUGAGGUAUGUGUCUAUGUUAUUCGAGACCGUCAGUGCAAUUUGGCCAUAUUUUGACAAUGCUACUUUUGAAUAUGUGUGUACAAUUCUUAUGUCAGCAUGCCCGUGCAAUAUCCAUGUGCAGGACACACCUUUCAACCCAUUUGUAAAACUGUCGAUUUUUAUGACCUCUUGUAGGAUAUCAUGUUAUGUCAGGUCACUCAUUACAUCUGUAAUGUCAUGUCAUUCGUUACAUCUGUUAUGUCGUGUAACUCGUUACAUCUGCUGCUGGAAUCACGUUAAUAAAUUUCGCUUCAUCUUCUUGACUGACAAAUAUCAAUUGCUAACACCAUCCUAACAGGUGUUACUGUAACUACUGACAGUGAAGUGCAGCGGUCAAACUAGAGGCCAGUUGCACAGCACAUUUAUAAAUUUUAAACACGUUUAGGCCAUACGCACAAUAAACACAAUGCACAACACAAUAUUAGAACUUAAAGAAAAACUAAUAUUUUAAAUGAAGUACAACUGUUUAAACCAGAUUUUCAUUACCGUCAACACAUUUUUCAUCUAAAUUGCUUAGGAGUUAUUUUUGCAAAAAAGUUUCUAAAUUUGGAUAUUGAGAACGGUUUUGAUUUUUAUGGACACUUUGUGAAACUAGCCCCGGGAUUGGAUUUUAUGUCGAACCUAUUACGUCCAGGACGGUCAAACCCUCAAGUGUCCUGCUCUCGAUGGUGGCUUGACAGACUCUAAGGUCCCGGAUGUUGAGGGUUUAUGCACGUGCACAGCAGAACAGAGAGGACCGAGGGGACGGACAUCUUCGUGGGUUACAGAAUCGACAUGAAAUGUAGCCCGCGCUUAGGACUUUACGAUUUCUAGAAGGCAUUUAUGGUCAUAAGAUGCGAGGCUGAAAAAAUUCCGAUAGUACCUGCUUCGAAAGUUUUAUCGUGUAUAUUUUAUUCUUUUUUUUAAAACAAUUUUAAUAACCCCCUAUUUUCUUUUAGAUGUAUAAAUGAAUGUGUGUGUGUGUGUGUGUGUGUGUGUGUGUGUGUGUGUGUGUGUGUGUGUGUGUGUGUGUGUGUGUGUGUGUGUGUGUGUAGUCGCGGUUUAGCUUAGUAUAGCUCGACGAUGUGUUAAGGUAUUAGAAAAAAUGAGCUGUUGGACGAACGGACUUGGUACGUUUGCGUUAAAGUGUGUAAAUGUGUGUGUGUGUGUGAGAGAUACGGGCAUUUCCUCCUAAAGGUCAAGAGCUACUUUAUCACGAUGUGACAAAAGUGAGCUCGCUGAUUAGGCAAGACCUUAUUAGGAUAUGCUGCAAGACUUUAAAAUUAGGUCACUUGAUGCGAGCCCUUUGCAAGAAAUAAAUAAAUAAAAAGAAAAGAAAAAGGAAACCAAUAAUUUACAAAGCAUAUUUGGUCAAGCUAAUUACAAUACUAUUUCUUGCAACUGUAAGCGUCGAUUCAUAUUCAAAUCAGCUUAACAUUUAGCACGACCUCGACAACGGUAUGGAUGGCAACCACCGAUGUGAGCUCGUGUUCCAAUGGCUCGCUCUUUGUGUGUGUGUGUGCGCAUGCGCUCUCGAAAGUGUGUGCCUGCGUGCGUGUGUACGGAGGCGUGAGUGGGAGUUAUAGUUAUUUGUGUGCUUACUGUUCUAAACUGCGCAGUGCUCAUUCAAAAAAACAGUUAUCAAACCACAUGGUGGAUCAUUCGAUAACGUUGCUUUUCUGAGAUUUUUUCCCCUGUUUAUGGCAUCAUGCUAUCUCCUCCUUAAUUUGUAAAAAAAAAAAACCCUCCAGAAUUUGUAUCGUUUUUGACAUACCUUUCAACCAGCAUUUCGUUAUGGAGAUGAUGGAAUAUAUCUCUUAAAGAAAUGGAGAGUGUGACUUUUAUCAUCAAGAAUAACUCGAAAGGAAGUGGACGUGAUGCGAGAGAUUAGAAGAAAAAUAAUUAGUUAAAGGUCUGGUGGGGGAAAUUUAUUUCUUCAGUACUCGUUAAGCUGUAAACUAAAUGUUAUUUGUCAAAUCAUGGGUAAAUACCAUCUCUUCGGUUCUUAAGGUACAGACCUUUAAAUACCACCAUAAAAUGAUAAAAGCCAGCAACACACACAGGUAUAUGGACACAUUUUCAACUCGUCAAAGCUUCAGCAAGUGUAAGAGCUGGUUAAUUAGGUAUAUUUGGAACCGCUUAUUAAUUAGGCAUAAAUAGGACCCUUGUUAAUUAGACGGGGACCGUGUGUUAAUUAGGCAAAGUUGUGUACAAAGGUAACCUUACGAGUGUAGCCUCUAAUCAUGGUAAUACUUUUACAGGGUGUCCAUAAAUUCUACAGAUUUGAAUCCAUAAGAUGUUUUAUAAGGACAGGUGAAAACUAAUUCAACAAAACAUCGAUCUUUAGAAGACUUGCAAAUUAGGAUAACUGAUGUAAUUGCUGGUGUAUUUACUUAAAAAUGUUUUCCAAGAACUACAGAGGUAUGACCUAUUGUAUUAGCAGUUUUGGUGGAUAUAUUGAAAAUUAACAAGAACCAAAAAAAAAAGUACUUAUUCUUUUUAGUCCUUUAUUUUACAGUUUAUUCCUAUGGUAGAAGCUUAAAACUAUUUUAAAUUGCACACAGACUUUAUAGACACCCCUGAACAAAAGCGGGGAUUCUCACAGAUUCUUGCACUGAUAUUUAUCCAGCAAUUAGAAAAAUCACACCCCGAUGGAUCUUUAACUGAAACCUAAAUAUUAUGUAAAUCCUGGUUUCUAAACAAAUAAACAGCACUGGUUUGAACGAAUUUUGUACAGGUGACAAAUUCAUCGAAUUCACACACCUGGAAAAAUCACAAGACCCUGAGAGGAUGUUUACAAUGUUGUGAUUGCUAGGUCAUGUCAAUGCAAUCAGUUAUUAGGAUAUAUUUUUCAUCAGCUUUCAUUUUAUUUCUAUUCUUUCAAAUCCAGUCUUUGUUGUGUCCUGGAUGACUAGAUCUUUACCACUUUCCCAAAGUUAAUUUGACUUCGUCAAACACUGUGAGGCAGGCUUUUAAAAUUUCCACUUCUAACGAUGAUUAGGAAAGGUGGUGGUGAUGAUGAUGAUGAUGAUGAUGAUGAUGAUGAUGAUGAUGAUGAUGAUGAUGAUGAUGAUUACUAUUAUUAUUAUUGCUGUCUGUUUAGCGACAGCAUAUAAUUAUUUAUCUUGUCUAUUUUGCUGUUUGGAGCUAAGGUCCUGUGUAUUAUUGAAGUUCGUAUCCUCUGAUCUCUGUUAUUACUGUUUCCACAUCUGCAUCUUUUCAGUUCCCCAAAAUUUCGUUUUCGGAGGCUUGUCGCCUAAGUUUACUUGGAGCAGUGUUCUCAAUCAAGGUUGCUGCAAACAAGAGUAUAAAUUUAAAAAAUUAUAGACUUUCAGCGAUAUUUUUUUUUUAAUUCUCGGUGCCAUGAAUAAUGUUCCCAAAGCUACUGUAAAAGUCAGGAAAGCUGUGCCUUCGGACAUGAAGCGAAUUUUUUUAGAAGCUGCCACAAGAGCUCUUCAAAAAUGCUUACAAUACAUGAUGGUUGGUUUAAAUGGCAUGUCAUAUGUUCAAUAAAGUGUUAACCAGA